CUGCCCUGCGCUCCCUCUCCGCGCAUGCGCCCCGCAGCCCGGGCUGUCGCUCCCUGGCUGGCGGCUGCGGCGAGUCCCCGCUAUGGAGUCCUACGAUGUGAUCGCGAACCAGCCCGUGGUGAUAGAUAACGGCUCGGGUGUGAUCAAGGCAGGUUUUGCAGGUGACCAGAUACCGAAGUACUGUUUUCCAAACUAUGUGGGCAGACCAAAGCACGUUCGUGUCAUGGCUGGUGCUUUAGAAGGGGACAUUUUCAUUGGGCCAAAAGCAGAGGAGCACAGAGGUCUGCUCUCGAUCAGAUAUCCCAUGGAACAUGGGAUAGUGAAGGACUGGAAUGACAUGGAGCGCAUCUGGCACUAUGUGUAUUCGAAAGACCAGCUUCAGACUUUCUCAGAAGAGCAUCCUGUGCUCCUGACGGAGGCUCCCCUGAACCCACGUAAGAACCGAGAGCGAGCCGCUGAGGUUUUCUUUGAGACCUUUAAUGUGCCUGCGCUUUUUAUCUCCAUGCAAGCGGUGCUCAGCCUUUACGCUACAGGGAGAACCACAGGGGUGGUGCUGGACUCCGGAGAUGGCGUUACCCAUGCAGUUCCUAUUUACGAAGGGUUUGCUAUGCCUCACUCCAUUAUGCGGAUCGAUAUCGCUGGCCGCGAUGUAUCCCGCUUCCUUCGCCUCUAUCUGCGGAAAGAAGGCUACGACUUCCACACGUCAUCAGAGUUCGAGAUCGUCAAAACCAUCAAAGAGCGUGCCUGUUACCUGUCAAUAAACCCACAGAAGGACGAGACGUUAGAGACCGAGAAAGCCCAGUACUACCUGCCAGAUGGAAGCACUAUUGAGAUUGGCCCUGCCCGUUUCCGAGCCCCCGAGUUACUGUUCCGGCCUGACCUGAUUGGAGAAGAGUGCGAGGGGCUGCACGAGGUGUUGGUGUUCGCGGUUCAGAAAUCGGACAUGGACCUGCGGCGAACACUCUUCUCCAAUAUUGUGCUGUCUGGGGGCUCCACGCUCUUCAAAGGCUUUGGAGACAGGCUCUUGAGCGAAGUGAAGAAACUAGCACCCAAGGACGUCAAAAUAAGGAUAUCUGCUCCUCAGGAGAGAUUAUAUUCCACGUGGAUCGGUGGUUCUAUUCUGGCCUCGUUGGACACCUUUAAGAAAAUGUGGGUUUCAAAGAAGGAAUACGAAGAAGAUGGAGCCCGUGCCAUCCACCGGAAAACCUUCUAGCCCUGGGACCCGUCCUACACUCGCUUUUCUGAGUCCGAGUGUCUGUGAGGAGCUGCGUGUGUGUGUAUGUGUGUGCAGAGCAUGGCCCCGGAAUGUCAUGGAGCAAAGAGGAGAAGGAUUAGAUCACUUUUUUUUUUUUUUUUUUUUUUAAUUUAUUUUAAACUGUAUGAGGAAAAAUAACCAGGCCCCAUUUCUCCGGUCGGCCCCAUUCCUUUUACCUUCACUCCUCUCGCAGCCACGUCUGUCACUCUAGAGAAAGGGGAUGGCUUAGAAAUGGAACAGCUGGACAGAAGGGAUCAGACCACUGCAAGGCAACCAGUCAGGGUGUUGUCACGUAGCCGAAGACUCCAAACCCUCCGGCACGCCACAGUACUGGCUGCUUCACCCUGCGGGGGUGCCCAGCAGUGUCUCUCUCACUGGCCAGUUCGGCUUUUUUUUUGUUUUUUUUUAAUAUAUUUUUAUACAGAAAAAACACAUUAGGAGAAGUUACAACCCCCCCUUUUUUUGUUGUGUGUGUGUGUGUGUGUGUGU